AUGCCGCGUCAAACCCGUUGUGAUUCGCACGAGGCCUGCGCGCCAUCCGAUGUUCCUGACGAUGAGGCCGCGCACGCGCCUUCUGUCUUUUCGCCUCUGCCAAGCCUCGCGCAGACGCAAGCUGAUGCGGCUCACUCCCGCAGCGUCUUCCGAUUCUCGCGGGCCUCCUCACCUCCGCUAGCGGUCACUGCUGCCUCGCAGUCUCCUCCGCAGCGUGCACACGCACCCUGCGCCUCACAGGGGUCUCCUCUCGCCUCGGAUGCCGAAGGCCCUUUCGCGUCGGCGGGCCGCUCACACAGAGACGGGCACAGGCAUGAGGUGAGGCGAGUCGGCGACUCUGCAUUUGGAGCUCCAGCGCGCUCGCCAUCGACUACCUCACGACCCUCGUCUCCGCCUGUCUCCUCCCGGCGGGCGCCGCCCCGCCCGGCUGCUGCGCCGCCAGACGCGUCGGCCGCCGGCUCCCCGGUGUCUCCGCUGUCUCCGCGUGGGCCUCCGGGGUUGCCGUGGGGCCUGUGCCCAGCCCACGCAGCUGCGCAGGGCUGGCGUCGGGCCCAGCCGCCCCCAGGGUGGCCCUCCGCCCCACAGUCUCCUCCGCUCAGCCCGCACGCGCCGCCGCAGUCUCCGGCUCGGGCUCCACGCACCCCAGGGGGCCUAACGCGCCCAGCCCCGCAGGCUCCGCAGUCUCUUCGGACGUGGCCAGGCCCUUUGGGCCCCUCCCAGCCGCCUCCGCGCCCCCCGCGCGCUCCCUGCCGGAGCCGGGCCCCACCGGCAGUCGCAUCGCCUCGCGUGAGGACCUCCUUCUCACCGCAUCCUGCGUUGCCCCCGAUGUUUAGCCCUCUCUCUGCGCCGGCCUUUGCUCCAUGUCCGGCGGCGGGCGUGGCCGGCUCCUCCGCCGGAGGCUACGCGCCGCCUCUGGGGCCUCCGAGCCCCGCCGAGGCCCGCGCCUGGCCCCGAGGCGACCCGCGUCUCCUCGCCCGCGCAGAGGGACGUCGACCCCCGGCGUCUGCUGCUGACUCUCACUUUUUCGCUUGGCCUGAGAGCACGCCUGCCGGCGUUCCUGCUUCCGCUUCAGCCUCACGCGGCGGAGACAGCGGCGUCGACCGCGUUGCGGAGAGGUUUCUGGAGCCGCGGCAGACGCGCGCGUCUCCCAGCGAGGCCGGCGAAAGAGAAACGGUGCAGACGGAGGAGAUCGGCAGGGGCAAGAAGAAGCCCCUCGGGGGGCCGAAGAAGGGCGCCAAGAAAGCUGAGCGAGAUGGCACUGGCGGCGGAGCGUCGAGUGAGAGAGAGACGCCGAUCUUCGAGAAGCACUGGUCGCCAGAGGCCGCGGAAGAAGGCCUGAAGAGAGGCCUCCUCGUUAAGGGCCUUCUGCAGGUGGCUGCCUUUCAAACAGACAGAUCGGUUCUUCUAGUUGACCCCGCCUCCUGCCCUCCUGAUCUCCUCGCGGUCGUUCCGUACAAGCGCGUCCGCGCCACCGCCACCUCCGCUGUCCUCGUGUCUUCCGCCUCCUCCUCUUCCUCUUCUUCUUCUGGCACGCCUCAGUCUGCGUUGGGGGGUGCUGCGCCCGCUUCGCCGCACCGGCCUCAGGGGCAUCUUCUGCAGUUCGACUUGGGCGGCUUUGUCGCGCGAAAUCGAGCCCUCCACGGCGACAUCGUCGCCGUCACCUUUCUUCCGCGCUUCUACACUGAGCGCGUUUUGACUACCCGAAAAAUGCUUUUUCCUCCGUCGGGCUCGCCUUCGUCCGCUGCCGCUCCUCCUUCUCUCUCUCCGUCGUCUGCUUCUUCGUCUGCCUCUCCUUCUUCAUCUGCGGCUACGUCUGAGGCAGAGAGGUGCGCGCGCGGCGCGGCGGAAGGCACGGCAGAAGGCGCGCCGGAGGGCGCGCAGGGAUCGCGCAAGACAGGGGCUUCCACACAAUCUGAAAGGCCGGGGACAGAGGCCUGCGAGGCUCUCAAGCCUCCGGCUGCGGAGCUCCUCCCUACGGGGCGCGUCGUUCGCAUUCUGUCGCAGGGCAAAGAGACGACCGAGGUCGUCUGCGUGAUUCCGCCGCAGCAAGCGAAGAUUGACGCGUUCCUGAAACGGCUUCGCGAGGUCAAUGCGCCACGAAAAGCCGACGCGCACGCAGAGCCGGCUAGCCAGGCGACCGCGGGGACACACAACAGCGAAGGCGCCGCGCGGAGCCGCGCGCAGGCGCGGCCGGAGGAAGGCAAAACGGGCGCGGAUGCAGAAAUUGGCGCGCGCGCCGCACAGGCCCCCAAAGAGGCAGCAGGGGAAGGAGGGCAAACAGGCGCGGCGCACAAGAAAGGACACAGAGAGAAAGAAGACGCACAUGAGCCCGAAGACGUCGGCACCAAGGGGCGGAAGACCAAGUCCGCUAGCGCGAAGAAGAGAGACGCAAAUCCACUCGCGCCGAAUGAAGCCGAAGAGAGCCAAUUUCUGAAAGCGCAGCCCCGCGACUCCCGUCUUCCGCCCUUUCUGGUUCCUAUUGCUCUUUUAUUCGAGCCACCGCCCACGCCUUUCGCAGACAGCCCUGCCGCAGAGCGGUUGUCGGCCUCGUCGCCCUCCGCGCCUUCUCACCCUUCUCACCCUUCUCACCCUUCUCACUCCUCUUUGUCUCCGGCGUCUCCGUCGGAGGCGUGUGGUUCCGCGCUUGAGGAGGCGCUCGCGACGUCCCUGCGUCCUUCGCCGCUGCUAGAGGCCAUUCAGCGCGCGUGGGGACUUCCCGACGAGUCGGCGGAUGCGGUGUCUGGCGCGUCGCCAGCGACGGCCGCGCUGGUCGUGCUGCGCCGCGGGCCGUGGACGGCCUCCUGCGGCUCGCCGUUCGCGCGUGUCGACCCGGUCGGGCUGCCGACGUCGCGCGCGGCUCUUGCAGCUGCCGCACCAGCGCCGGCGCCGCCUUCUUCUGCCGCCUCUGCGGCCGCUCCUGUCUCUGCAGCCUCUCCUGUCUCUGCAGCCGCUUCGGCGCUCGCUCCGCGCUCGUCUGAGGCGCGCUGCUUGGGGAGCCGCGGGGCGGACGACGUUCUCGCCGAGGCGCUGGCGGCGCUGCACAUGGAGGGCUUGCCGCACGCCUGGGGCUUCCCUGCGGAGAUCGAGGAGACUCUGAACCGCGAGCUCCGCCGCACCUGUCCGGUCUCAGGGCGGCCCGCGUGGCUGGCGGAGGCGGAGGCGGACCCGCUUCGAAUCGACUGCCGGCCCCCGCGGGCGCAGCCGCUGGCGGAGGACGGGGGUCAUUCGCUGGAAGCAGUCAGGCUCUCGCGACGCCUCACGCUCUGCAAGGCAGAUGACGCCUCCGUCGAUUCGUCGCUGGCGCGCGUCGCCUUUCCGGGGUCGCCGGCGGCUGCGCCGUAUCAAACUGCCGCGCUGCGCGCGUUCACCAUCGACCCGCCGACCGCGAAGGACUUGGAUGACGCGGUCAGCCUCGUCCGCAUUGCUCCUGGAGGGGCGACCGGCGGGGAGGCGGCCACGCCGGAGGAAGCCGCGCCGCUCUUUGAACUCGGCGUGCAUGUCGCAGACGUCUCGCACUUCGUUCCAGAGGGCUCGCUCCUCGACGCGGAGGCCGCCCUCAGGGCCACAACCGUCUACCUCGAUGCAAAGGUGUUCCCGAUGCUUCCUGCGGCGCUGAGCGAGGGUGUCUGCAGUCUCCACUCGGGCGUCGACCGCCUCGCCUUCUCCGUCUUCAUGACGCUUAACGAACGCGGCGAGCUACUCGCACCUGAGGUGCGGUCGCCGCGGCUCGCGAAGACACUCAUUCGAACUGCCGCGCGCCUCGACUACAGCCAGGUAGAUGGAUUCCUUCUCGCCGUCCCGGGCGCGCUGCGGCCGGUGCUCGCAGCGUCUCCGUUCGCGUCCUCUCGCGCCUCAGCGGCAUGCGGCGGCCUCCUGUGGGACUUUCUGGUGCGCGACCAUCCGCGCGCCUUCCAGGGCGAAGCCGCGCCGCUCGCGGUCGAGGCUAGUGGCGGUCACGCGGAUGAAAACAGGCUUUUCUGGACUGGCGGAGGGCCUCUGGCGGCGCCAGCCGCCGGCGUGGCGGGCGACGGAAAGGCGAAACUCGCCGAUGCGGCGACGCGAGGAGAGCGCAUGCGCAUGUGGGUUGAGAGCAAGGAACGCGUCCAUGAGCUCGUCGGCGAGAUCGGUGCACGCUACGGAAUUCCGCCGGCCGUCUCGGUCGACCUGGUGACGGCGUACUUCCUCACGUCGCGCCGCCAGCGGCUGCGGCAGCGGCAGGGCGCCAUCCACCUCUCGAGCGCGGGCCGGCUGUCGCUCUGCUUCGCCCCGGAUCGCGAGACGCUGAAGCCGCGCGCGCUCGCUGUGAAGGAAGUCAAUCCGCUCUCGCACCUCCUCGUCGAGGAGAGCAUGAUUGUAGCGAACCACUGCGUGGCGAACGAGAUUCUGGGCGCCGAACGCGAGGCUGCACCGGCCUGCGGGGGCCUGGAGCCCCGCGCCGGCUGCGUGAAAAACAGCUGCGAGCCCAACCACUCCCACUCCACACACACCGUCGGCGCCGAGUCCAACGGGCGCGAAGCAGACAGCGAACGCGGAGGAGGGCGGAAGGCGGAGAAGGAGGCGGAGGGCGAGGGCGACGAGGUGGGCGCAUGCGAGACGCCCUGGGAGAGAGGCGAGUGCGCCGAGGCCGAAUCCGAGCGCGAGACAGAGCCGAGGCCUCUCGCCUUUGGCGGCUUGCUUCGUGCCCACGCGAGCAGCAACGAAGCAGCUGUCAAGUAUCUGAAAGAGAAACUCGACCCGCAGACGUGGGCAGGCUUCCAGAUGCAUUUGCGUGAGAUCGGGAAAGCUGCGAAUGCCGCGGAGAAGAGCGCCUUCACGGCCGAAGCGGCGCUGAAAGGCGAAGACUUUGAGGACGAUGUGCGCGGCGUCAAACUGAGCCACCUCCUCGAUUUUUUGAAAACGCGCCUCAAUCCGCCGGUCUACAACGCCCUCUGUUUUUCGGUUCUCCAAGAGUUCUUUCUGCAAGCUCAGUACAUCUCCCCAGCGACGCUCGGCGCCGGCAAGCAGACGGCAUCCGGAGCAGUCCGCGAAAACCCGAGAAGGCGCGAGGAGGAACGACGGCGAGACGCAGAGGACGCGACAGACGGAAGCAGAGGGCGCGCAGUUGCCGGGUUUUCGCGCGCCUCGCUUCGCAGUCGAGCCGCGUCUGAGCCGCGUUCGUACGCACACUGGGCGCUUUGCCUGUCGAGCUACAUGCACUUCACGUCUCCCAUUCGGCGGUACGCCGAUCUGCACAUUCAUCGCUUGCUCUCCAAGCGCCUAAGGGGCGAAGCGAUGACUCUACCGGUCGACGUCCUCGAGGCGGCAUGCCGACAGUGCAACGACAACAGCAGGAAGGCAGACGAUGCACAGACUGCGUUUCGGUCCUGGUACUUCAACGCCUUCCUCCGCGACCAUCACCCUGAAGGCAUUUGCUACUCCGAGGCGUCCAUUCUGAAGAUCGUCGUCCCCUCUCCCUCAGCGUUUUCGCCAUCAGCACCUUCUUCCUUCGCGUCUUCUUCCUCUUCACUUCCUACUUUUUCGCCUUCUUCUUCGCAGUCUUCCCCGUCCGUGGAUGAAGCCGCAGACGAGUCUGGCGCUGAGAGCGCCGGGAGCCGCGGGAGAGCAGACGGCGGCGGAGAGGGCGAGCAGGAAGGCCUCAGCCUCGACUCCGAGGCCCUGGGGGGAGGCAAAAAGGAGACAGUGACGAAGGAGGGAGAGGAGGUCGGGCGCGGCAGAGGCGCGACCCAGGCCAGCAAAAAAGAACGCGAAACGGGGAAGUCGCUGCGCACAGAGACAGAGAAGGAGGGAAACGAGAAGGCGAAGGCGGCAUUGGUGAUUUACAUUCCUCUGCUGCAGGCGACGCGGAGCAUGAGUCUCGCCACGCUGGGACUGGAGCUCGUCGACGACGGGCUCCGAGAAGAAGCUGAGAAGGAAGCUUCGGGGAGGGAGAGGAAGAACGACGGCGCGGAGAGCGUGAGCGCGAUCCGCGUCCGACGGAUUCCCUCGUCACUCCCUGCGCAGCGCCUGACGCCCGCGCUCCCUUCGCCUCCCGCUUCUUCUUCGUCUUUGCCUGUCGAAUCUGCGCGUCUCUUGUGUGGCGGCGCGCCUCCGGAGGCGUGGGAAGACGAAGUCAAGACGCUUCGCGUGCUCUCGCCGCUCCACGUCAAGCUCGUUCCGGGCGAGGCGCAGUGGACUGUUCGCCUGCCUUUCUGGAUGCCCGCCGCGGAGGCCUCUCGCGCGAACUCGGCGUCAAAAACCGCGUGA